UAGCAAAACGUAUUUUCCCAAUGAAAUCACUGCGGUCGACAGCAAAAGCCAUUCCCUACACCAACCCAAUAAUAUUAAAUAAAAACUUCACACACUUUUCAAACUCCACUUGAAUUACUCAAAACCCAAAUCCUCACAAUCCAAAAUUCAGCUUACAAUGGCGAAGAUUUCGGACAACGAACUCAACGCCGUGACUAGGAGGAUUGUAACGGUCUACAACCAUUUCUUGUUGCCGAUCGGUUCGGGCUCGAAUUCCGGUUUGACCCGUGGCUCCAUAGGUCUCUGUAAUGCUUCCAUGGAUGAUAGCUAUCAUAGAAUCCAUGGCGAAGUUGCAAGCCAUGAGGUUGAGUGGAAAACUGCUUGUGAUGAGUACGGCAAAGAGUUCACCGACAUUAUUUAUGAAAAGGCUAUUGGUGAAGGCAUUGCAAAGAUUACAAUAAAUAGACCGGAGAGAAGAAAUGCUUUCCGUCCGCAGACGAUUAAGGAGCUUAUACGCGCGUUUAAUGAUGCCAGGGAUGAUAGUUCCAUUGGAGUUAUAAUUCUCACAGGGAAGGGGACCAAGGCUUUUUGUAGCGGUGGUGACCAGGCGUUGCGAAAAGCAGAUGGUUAUGCUGAUUUUGAAAAUUUUGGCCGCCUUAAUGUUUUAGAUCUUCAGGUACAAAUUAGGCGUCUUCCAAAACCAGUGAUUGCAAUGGUUGCUGGUUAUGCUGUUGGAGGAGGGCAUGUUUUACAUAUGCUUUGUUGUUCUUGUAGUUUUCAUCUUUGGAUGGUGGUGCUGAUGCUACAUGCUUGUGCAUUUGUUGCCCUGAUUAGAAUUAUCUGGUUGGAUAUGCCGCAGGUGGGAAGUUUUGAUGCUGGUUAUGGAAGUUCCAUAAUGUCCCGUUUGGUUGGACCUAAAAAGGCGCGCGAAAUGUGGUUUCUUGCCAGGUUUUACACUGCCUCUGAGGCAGAGAAAAUGGGGCUUGUGAAUGCUGUUGUACCGCUAGAGAAACUAGAGCAAGAAACAAUUAAAUGGUGUAGAGAGAUCCUAAGAAACAGUCCAACAGCAAUCAGAGUGUUAAAAGCAGCUCUUAAUGCUGUUGAUGAUGGCCAUGCUGGACUUCAGGAAGUUGGUGGAAAUGCGACACUCAUAUUUUAUGGAACUGAAGAAGGGAACGAGGGGAAAACAGCAUAUGUGGAGCGUAGACGCCCAAAUUUCUCAAAAUUUUCAAGGCGACCGUAAGGUUGAGGAUUGGGUGGAUUCAAAUGGUUUCUACUUCGACAUUACUUUUAUUCAUUUCCAAAGGAAGCUUGCUCUUUUAUUUAAUGCACCCUGUUUUGUUACAUGUAAAACAAUCUCAUCAGCUGGUUUCUAAUUAAUCAAUUUGCUUCUGAAAAA